AAGUACGUCGAAAAGAGAUGAUCUACCUUGUUGUUGUUGGUCAUCAGUGCCUGCUGCAGCGCCACCAAGCACCGUUGCCAAUAAACCAGAUAUGAACCGAAUCUUGGAGAACAGAGAGAAGCUUGCAGACUCGCUCGAGGAUUCAAGAAAAGAUAAGUUUGCGUUUGCUCGCCUUUUUAACCCCCUUUAAAAAAAGAGCUGUAAUCCGGUAAAGCACCCAAGCGGCCUUGAUCAGGAAAUUCAUUCUCCGCAUCAGCGCUUUUCUUUCGGAAACCUUACCCUGCUCUUCCUUGUGUCAGCCACCAAAUUGAAGUAAAAAAAAAAGGCACGAAGCCCAGAACUCAUUGUCUACAUUUUUUGUUCACUGCCAUGAAUUCUUUGACUCGUUUCGGCCGUACCUUUGGUGCUUUCCAACUUACUAGUUACCGCACGCUUGCUCGCGCGACUAUUCCCACAGCAAGAAGAUGCCUCGCCACCAAAGCAAAUGAUGACUCGACCAACAAGAAAGAACAACAAGUCGAUGAAUGGAAACCACUGCGUGAUCCUCCCACCGUUUUGGGUCUUCGCGAUCCACCUGUAGCUGACAGAAGCAGUUGGCUCCAACGAAAAACACAGAAAAUUAAAAACUUUACGGAUUACGAGAAAGCAUUUGCAGCUCACGCUGCAGAACGUCGUCAUUUGGUUGAAGAAGCGACCAAAUCCUACUUUGCUGAUGUACACGAGAUGCGAAAAACUCAGGGCAAAAUGUAUUAUGCAUCCAAUAAGCUCACCAGUGCUGAAAAAGCAGGCUAUAUGCCUGAUUAUGAAGGAUUCAAUGUCUCAAAGGACACCGUCCACACAACCGAUCUUUUGCUGGGCAAAGUAUCGCUGAUGACAUUUGUUUAUGCCAAAUUUGGCGAGGCUCAUGUGAAUUCCUUUAUUAAUCCUUUCUUGCAAAAAUUUGGAAAUACCGAGGGUGUACAGGUGGUCGAGUUGAAUGUGCAAGAGAAUUUCUUGAAACAGCUGUUACUGCGAGCGUUUGUACCCAGUAUUCGUCGUAAUCUUCCCGACGCCCGCAAACCAAAUUACGUGUUUCUGAUGAAAGACAUCAGCCGAUCACGUAAAAUGCUGGAUAUGACCAACCAAUACAUCGGCUACGUGUUUCUAGUGGAUGAAAAUUGCAAAAUUCGAUGGACGGCUCACGGCAAUGCGUCGGCUGAAGAAGUAGCCAAUAUGCUUGCCAUGACAGAGUAUUUGAACAAUAAGCGGAUAAAGGCGGAAAAAGAGACUCAGUAAUGAGAGAUAUUCUAUAGGAUUCGCUGAGACGUAUUUACAAAUAUAGACCAUUAGCAUAUAUAAAAAACUCAUCAAGCCCGUUGCUUCUUUUGCAAUUCAUCGAUUUUUGACACC